UUUCCGUUUAUCCAUCUCUAAGUCAGCAGCAAAAGAAAAUUUGUUUAUUUAUACAAAGCUGAAAACAAUUGUAUUAUGUUGACUUCUAUGGUUAAGGAGCAUCAUGCCAAGCAGUCCAAGCGUAAGCAAGAACAAGAGGUUCGUCGCAAAGAAGCUAUUGAAGCCUCCAAUGAGCUAACCAAAUCUCUAGUAGAUCAUCUGAAUGUGGGUGUGGCUCAAGCGUACUUAAACCAAAAACGCUUGGAUGCAGAGGCCAAACAACUGCAUGUGGGCGCCACCAACUUUGCCAAGCAGACACACCAAUGGCUGCAAUUAAUUGACAACUUUAGCAGCGCUCUAAAAGAGCUCGGAGAUGUGGAGAACUGGGCACGCAGCAUCGAAAGUGACAUGCAAAUCAUACAACAGACGCUGGAGUUGGCCUAUAAAUCAUCCCGUGCUGUCCAAGGCACAGCUGCCACAACAUCGGCCGCUGCAGUAGCAUCCUCAAGUUCAGCAAAUGUAGAAGAAGCUAAUUAACCUGAAAAUAAUAUAU